AUGCCUUCAAUUGAUGAAACAGGAUAUAGUGAGGCCUGUUCUUCAAGACUGCGCCUCAAUCAAGCCAUAUCAACGGAAGAAAGUGUUGGGGAAAUACCCAAGUCUGGUGAGAUUGGAAUUUAAUGAGUGUGGCAGAUAAAGAGAGAAAAAGACAAAUUAUUCUUAUUCUAGCAAUCAGGAGGUUCGCUACUUGUAUGCACGUACGCACGUGCUGGGGUACCUGAGAAAAGUCAAAGGUUCGUAAAACUUAACACAAAACCAAAAAAAAAGGACAAGGGAAAUAAAUCAGGCAUAUCAUCAAUCAAUCAAUCAAUCAAUAAUCUUUAUUUAUACACGAUAAGUAUUUAAAGCGACGCUUCGCUUGUGGGGUCGUGUCUAAAUAAUUAAAUAAGAUAACUAAUGAAUUAGAAAAUAAAUAGGAUAUACACCAGCUAAAAUCAUAUAGCUACUUACUACUUACAAGUCUAAAACGAUAAAAGCUUAAAAUUCUAUAGUACAAGGUGGUACUCUGGUAUCGACUAAUUAUUGACACUAAUUAUACUUAAAAUCAUGUUACUGUGAUCUCUUAAAGAAGGCUUGCCUGCCAAGUUUUGCAAAGGAAAGAUAACAGGAUAUUUUAAUUUUAACGUAUAAAGCUAAAUAAUCACUAGCUCCGGAAUACAUCUGUAUAAUAAACAUGUUUUAUAAUCUGGAUAAGCAUUAAUAACUUGCGAGGUCAUUUUCUUUUUCCAGGCCAAUAUCUUUGGGGCAAAAUUAGCCAAGAUACACGCAGUAAGACUAGCCUUAACAAGGAGUUUGUGGGAUAUAUAUAAAUACUUUGAACUGUAUACAGAUUUAUUUCUAUUCAGUUUUCUAUUCUUUUCUUUGGACUUAAAUGAUUAUCAUUUAGUGUCUCCAAUUAGCUUCUCCACCUCAAUACCUAGACACUCAAAUAAAGUUCAUGUUUAUUUGUAUUUCUCGUACAUGACAGACAGAGGACGAUUUGCCAGACGGACUAGUCUGGGGGUUAUUGCAUGUAAAUAAAGCCACUGUUUAUACACUGAAAAACCCCUUUGCCGUUUUUAAACGGCACAAUUCCCCCUAAAUGCCAAUUUUUAAAGAACGAAAGACCUCAAUAGAAAGGUGGUAGAACUUUUGUUCCAAUCACUUCGCUCCACACUUGGACUCCAGUAAUGGGGAUACUGAGCAUCCGUUGAUGACUGAACAGGAUAUCAUAGCGAGCCCUUUCCUCAGUUCAGAUCUGCGGCUCAAUCAAGCCAUACCAACAGAAGAAAGUGUUGAAGAAAUACCCAAGUCUGAUAAGAUUGGAAUUUAACGUGAAUGACAGACUACUACCACUUUAAUUCUGGUACCUCAGUGUACCCAAGUAUGCCCGCAAGUAGUCUAGCGUAAAUUCUUUAACAACAAUUUUUUUAAACAAAACACACCGUUCAGAUCGGAAAUGUUGGUUUUGACCGAAGAUGCCACUUGAUUGGAUCACUAAACACGAAUAUUAGGGUGGGAAAAGGCGAAAACUACAAAGUGAUAUCUCAAGGGGUUUUAAGGCCUGGGUCAAAGAUGUGUUCUGAGAACAUAAAUAAAUGGCAAUAUCUUUCGCUAGAAAGCCUAGAACAAAAUGAACUUUUCCCCAAAAGUAAAUCUUGAGGUUUCCUUGUGCCUUAACGUUUAGAUUAUGGUCACGUGACGGAAACUGGCGAAUUGGUGGCGAAUUUACUUUGUUUCGAUAAACAAAUUGGUAUUUCUGAAAGCUGGCAAACAUAGCUAACUUUCUACGUUUGGAAUGAAUGUACGCGAAGUUUAAAAUUAAAGUUUGAAAUAAUUCAAGAUUAAAUUUGGGUAUUUAAAAUGAUGUUUUCCCUCAUAAUAUUUUAUUGAAGUGCAAUGGACGGUCAUUCCAAACGUAAAGUGUUAGAAAUAUUUAAUAUGAGUAACAAAAAUGUUUUUUCCCGAUUUCUUUUCUUAAAACGGCCACCAAUUGGUCAAUAAUUUACGAUUUUUAGCAAAAUGGUCACGUGACAUAUCACGUGCCUUAUUAACACAAUGUUUAUACUUUAAAAUGUUAAGGACGAUGAUUUCUUUAUGUGCGCCAAAUUUUGAUUCAGCGCCAUCAGAUCUAUGCCAAAGAUAUAGCAAAUAAUUCAUUUUGCACAAGCAAACGCCUUAGUCCUAGGCCUUAAUCUACUUGAGGUCUUUAUUAAUCACCUUCCUUGUCCCGAUUUUAGAAUCAACAAUGCCUCCAAGUGAUGAAAAUGUAUGUGGAACUUCUCCUGUUGGGCUGCUGAAUUACGCAAUAUCAGUCGACAGUUUGGAAAUUCUACACGAUUCGAACUCUGUUUCUAACACCGCACACUCCGCCGGUAAGACGUAAAUAUCAUUAUAAGUUUAAAAGUUGUGUGUUUAGUCCGCUCUGAAAACGCUUAUGUGACAGCGGUGUUUGCAAAGUUUGAUAAUUACUAAUAAUUUGUUUAACGGUCUAAAUUAGCGUCUUGAAGUCUCACCUCACGAUUCGAGCUCUGUUUCUAAAAACGAGAGGUCCAAAGACCAGUGCAAAGCGGAUUCAGAACAACAGAUGUUACAUUGUUUUUAUAUAGAUGGAGAAUGUCAUAAAAAGUCGGUUUAAAAGUGAGAGGCGGAAAUAAAUUUCAACUGGUCAUACCAGCCUUCUUUCAGGUUGUCCAGAUGUUACUGAACUGAUCACGUAGGAAUUUUGUCUACAAUGUUAUAUAAAAUGAUGGAGAAUGUCGCAAUAAAAAGUCGGUUUAAAAAUGUUAGAAACGAAAGGCGGUCGAAACGGCCUGAAAUGAUAUUUUCCUCUGAACUUUGAUUCCUUUAGAAUUCCACUCGAAUUAAACGGAAUGGAAUUUAAAGUUCUGCAGCGCAAAUUCAAUUUUUAAGUGACGUUUUCUCCUCGUCGUUUAAAAAAUUUUUUCAAGAUUAUAGUAAUUGAUAACUUGCAAAAAUAAUUUCAGUCCUUUCGUUUUCAUUCACUUGUUUUGAAACCUCUUGGUAAACUUUACAGAUACAAAUAAACAACUUUUGCAUUAAUUAAUUGUUGAGGGAAUUUCUUUUUAGCAUCACUACAUUCUUUAAAAGACGAAAGGGCACAAAGUGAAUCCCCUUUAGCCAGAACAGCAUCGGCUGCCCCAUUGCAGUCUUACGCUACUGUCUACGGUAGGCCUAAUUCAAAUCCAACUGCUGAGCCAGAGAAAACUACUAAUAUGGAAACUACAGGGAAUGUGGACAAACACAUUCCAACUGCAAAUGUCUGCUAUGGUGGGGACGUUGAAUUAGGAGAAGCCGUUAACCUCAAGACAGGAAGGCAGCUCUUCCGUUGGAAUCUGAUCUUUAAUCUCAUCUUGUGGAUCCUUGUUCCUCUUCCUAUCUGGUUGCCUUUCGUCUCCCAAGAGAUCUCGCUUUUUCUCCUUCCAAGCAUCCAGGGAGCCUUUAUCGUAUUCUGGAUUUGCGUCUGCUUGUUCGCCAUAAGAACUACAGCUGUCAUGUUUUGGAACAGAAAGACGGACUUCAAAUCCAAGUGCGAAGAGUUGAUGAAAAAAUGUAACAAGGAUCCUGAAGCACAAACAGCUGACAAGACACCCAUCCAACACGUAGCAGUCUUGGCUUGUUAUAAGGAGCCUGUGGAUUUGAUUGCUGCUUCAGUUCAAACUCUGGCCAAUCAAACUAUUGCUUCCAGAGUAACCAUGGUGGUGUCAUUCGAGGAAAAAACUCCGAACCUGUGCAACAAACAGCAGGAUUUGGCAAAACUCUUCGAAUCACAAUUCCGUGAACUUAUUUUUGUUACGCACCCCUUUGGCAUGGAAGGAGAGAUCCCCGGAAAGUGUUCCAACAGCAACUGUGGCAUUAGGACAAGUAUAGCACAUAUGAAGAGAAAGGCUGGCAGUAACUUUGAUCCAGAUAGGAUCCUAAUAACGACAUGCGAUGCGGACUCCAAAUUUCAUCCUCGAUACAUGGAGGCGCUGGAGUACAAAUACGAGCGAGAAUUUAUGAAAACAAAAGACCACGAUGAUAGAAAGAUGGUAAACUGCUUGUUCCAGUCACCACUACUCUAUAACUGGAAUUUAGAUGCAGCAUCUGUUGUUACCAGAUUGACUGGUAUGCUGCGUGCAUUCCUCAUGAUGGGAGCCAUGAUUCCAUUUAAUGUCAACACUAUGAGCAUAUACAGCUUCUCAGCCUCUCUGUGCAUUGCUGGGCAGUAUAUCCACCCAGGAUACCAGAUGGAUGAUAUUAUCGGUCUUAUUAGGUAAGAUGAAGUAAUACUAAAUAAAAUAAGAAUCGUACUUUCUACAAAUAUUCCUCAUCUCUUAAACCAAAUGCAUCAUUUUUCUCCUGAAACUUGUCCACAGUAGUUAAAUACUUAAUAUGACUCGUUUCCUCACUCCAUCCAUUGAGAGCCGCUAUGGCGAAGCAAACAUACAAUCCCUAGAGUCGAAAAGGGCAAUUUACCACCAUUGCGGGAGAAUCAACGGAUUGUAGAUAGUGUGGUUCAAAUAUCGAAAGGCAGACCUGUGUGAUUAGUAUGAACAUGGCAAUAUGAAAAGCAGGACAAUUUACUGAGUUGAACGGAAAGGGUUUGUUGAUUCUGUGGAGAUUAGAGAGUCGAUCUCAAAGAUAAAUUCUAUUGCACGUCUCAAAGUUAGAUUUUUAGCAAGGAGGGGUCAAUUUACGGUACUGAUAUUGAUCUGUCUUUUUCCUUUUUGUCUGAUGACGUCACAGGUGGAUGGGAGUCUGCAAAAGACGUCUUCGCAUUGUAAUGGUUCCCGUACCCACUCUUUCUGGCCCAACAUCUGGAAGGGUGAUUGAGGAGGAGUUGGAGGAAUGGGCACGACAGGCGCGAAGAUGGACCAUUGGAGCUGCUGAGGUGUUUCACUACUUCAUGGUCAAAUCAAACAAUAUUCCAUUCUUUACUGCCUUGUCCUGGGGAAUCACUUUCAUCAUCUAUUAUGGUAAUUGUCUUUAUUUGUUAUCAUCAUCAUCACUUUAACAAAAUUCUCCAAUUUGAUUGGCUAUCGGUAGCCCCGAUUUCAGUAGCCUCCCGUCAGACGUCCUUUGGGGUUCGUUUGUCACGCAUUCAUUUCUCCCCGUGGGGGAGAAAUGAAUACGUGACAAACGAUUUCAGCAUUAAUAGGACAACUCGCCACGUGACUCUCUUUGUCCCGUUCUCGAUUCUAAGGAAUAAGCCGCCAUACAGGGUUUUAUUUUGAAAAUAUAACUGAUAUCACACAUUUGGAGCGGUUCUAAUAAAUUUGCUUAAUUCUGUCCAUUCCUUUUACAGGUAUUAUCCUGUGUUGCUCGUCACUCUACAGCGUUACGUUGGCGAUCUCCGUUAACUUUCUGUUUGUGGAGGUUCCAGUCAUCCUUGAGUGGGGAAUGUUAGCUUUCCUUGUGUUCAACUACGCUGUCUUCGCCUUGAUCUUCUUGUUGGAUCGAGUCACCGUCAGGCUGACGGAGCCGAGAGUAAAGGAGAGGGUCUCUUUUAUUAGAAAUCUUUACCAUUGGAUCGUAUCACCGUUUGUGCUGAUGGCCUACUCCAUAGUGGAACUGUACGCCCUACAUGAGGUCAUGGUACGAGGAAAGAAGGUGUGCAAGCACGGGGCAAGCAAAAAGGAUGCUCUUGGUUCUAAAUAA